GGCGGAAGUAAGUCGUAUCGCUCGGGCCUCAUCCUUCCAAUGGCGACUGCAAACAGGCUGAAUAGAAAGCGGGAGCAACCGUGGAGGGGGUCAGAGCUGUGUAACCGAAAUUAAAUAAAUAUAUCAUAGUCUCUGUAGUCACAAAGUUAGCCUAAAAAAUUGUUUCGCCUCUCCAAAUCACGGCCGAUUCAAUGGCCAAAAAUCGGAACAUUUCGCUCCUUGAGUCGGAGCUCUAUUACUUGAUUUCUCGUUUCCUCACAACGGGUCCAUGUCGGAGAGCGGCUGAGGUUCUGGCGAGCGAACUACAGGACUAUCAGCUCUUUCCCGGGAGAUUGGACUGGCUGGGGAACCAGCACCCGAGAACAUAUGAAGAUGUGGUCGCAGCCAACAGACAUAUUUCACCAGACCAUUUGCUACAGAUAUGCAAGCAGAUUGGACCAAUCCUUGACAAAGAAGUGCCAUCAUGUGUCCCAGGUGUAUACUCUCUCCUGGGGUCUGGAAAGCAGUCAAUGCUUCGGACUGCAAAAGACUGCGGCACUGUGCGGUUUAAUGCUUCGUCAUAUGCAGCCCUUCACCGGGGCAGACCACCAGAGAGGCCUUUCAGCUGCAAGAAACCUCCACACCUAGUGAAGGUCCAUCGAGGGAGAGAGCUUACAGGAGCGCAGCGCUUCAGCUCCAUCAAUCCUGUCAGCAACUAUGAGCACAUGCGGCUGCAUAGGCGGAUCCUAGGGCAUCUGUCUGCAGUGUAUUGUAUCGCAUUUGAUCGCACCGGCCUCAGGAUCUUCACAGGCUCAGAUGACUGUCUGGUGAAGAUUUGGUCUUCCUUUGAUGGAAGGCUUCAUUCGACACUGCGAGGACACUCUGCAGAGAUCACGGACCUGGCGGUUAAUUAUGAGAACACACUAAUUGCUGCGGGAAGCUGUGACAAGAGCAUCCGUGUGUGGUGCCUUCGUACUUGUGCCCCUGUGGCUGUGCUGCAGGGGCACAGUGGAUCCAUUACCUCCCUACAGUUCGCGCCGUUUGCCAAGGGCUCAAAACGCUUCAUGCUGUCCACUGGAACUGAUGCCACCGUCUGCUUCUGGCAGUGGGACGUCAACAACUUCAACUUUAGUGAUCGGCCACACAAAUUCAUAGAGCGGCCGAGACCAGGAGUUCAGACUGUGUGCUCCUCAUUCAGUCCAGGUGGAAUGUUCUUAGCAACAGGAAGUACUGAUGACGUCAUCCGAAUAUAUUACUUGGGAGGCGGAAGUCCAGAGAAGAUAUCGGAGCUCCAUGAGCACACGGACAAAGUUGAUAGCAUUCAAUUCUGCCAUUCGGGUGAAAGGUUUGUGAGUGGAAGCCGAGAUGGAACGGCUCGGAUCUGGAAGCUUCAUCUGCGUCAGCAGUGGAGGUGCAUCCUGCUCAACAUGUCGGCCACUCUUCCAGGUAUUGAGCCAAUGAGUGAAGAGGAAAGCUACUUCAAACCCAAAGUCACCAUGGUGGCGUGGGAUCGCCAUGAUAUUACAGUCAUCACGGCUGUUAACAACCAUCUCCUCAAAGUGUGGAACUCCUACACAGGACAGCUGCUACAUAUCCUAAAAGGCCAUGAGGCUGAGGUGUUUGUCCUGGAGCCGCACCCUGUGGACCCGAGGAUCAUCCUGUCUGCCGGCCAUGAUGGGAACGUCUUCAUAUGGGAUCUGCUGCGAGGGGCAAACACACAGCACUACUUCAACAUGAUUGAGGGCCAGGGUCAUGGAGCCGUUUUCGAUUGCAAAUUCACCCCUGAUGGGCAUCGUUUCGCUUGCACAGACUCCCAUGGCCAUCUGCUCAUCUUCGGCUUCGGCAGUUCAAAGCCGUAUGAGAAGCUUCCAGACCAGGUGUUCUUCCACACAGAUUACCGACCGCUGAUCCGGGACACAAACGGCUUUGUGCUAGACGAGCAGACGCAGCAGGCGCCCCAUCUCAUGCCCCCACCUUUCUUGGUGGAUGUGGAUGGAAACCCCCAUCCACCAAGGUACCAGCGUUUAGUCCCGGGCCGAGAGAACAUUGCUGCUCAACACCUGGUUCCUCAGCUGGGAUACGUAGCCACCAGUGAUGGCGAGGUCGUGGAGCAGGUGAUCAGCCAGCAGACUGCAGAGCACGAUGAAGUUUCGAUACGGCGCAGCACCCUUUUGGACGAGGCCAUCCGAAAUCUGCAGCAACAACAAGACCGGCAGGGCACAGAGUUGGUAGUGGGAGCAGGACUAGAAGGGCAAGCUGAGGCACAGGGCCUUGCCUUGGCACCAGCACCGAGCACGCCACGUAGAGUGUCUGUGAAUGAUCGAGCGGACGUGCAGUCGCCCCCUAAUGUGGGUCUGCGCCGCAGCGGACAGGUGGAGGGCGUCCGGCAGAUGCACCAGAAUGCUCCUCGCAGCCAGAUGGCCACAGAGCGAGAUCUGCAGGCCUGGAGACGCAGGGUGGUGGUGCCUGAGGUGGCACUCAGCAGCUACAGGAUCCAGGAGCGACUUCGAGCAGCCAGAGGCGAUGAGGAGGUGGUUCUGUAUAAUGCAAAGAAGAGGCGCAUUAUCUACAGCAGCUGUCGAGAUGAUUCAGACGACGAGCCUCACACUGCGAAGCGAGCACACGGCCGCAGUGACCCGCUGGAAUUCUUUGACUUGUCAUGCGAAGAGGGAGAGGAGACGGCAAGUUCAGAGGACAAUGAAUUGGAUGGCAGUGAAAUGGAUUCCUCCAAUGAUGAGGAAGAGUGGAAGAGUGACAGCUCAAGCCACACGUCCAGCGAGUACUCGGACUGGACGGCAGAUGCUGGUAUCAACCUGAAGCCCUCCACCCCGUUGUCGUUACGGAAACGACUCCGAGUGCAGCGCAGAAUCAGCAGCUCUGAAGAUGAGGAGGAAGAUAAUGAGAAUGAAGAGGAGGAGGAAGAGGAUGAGAAGGAGAAGGAGAAGCAGCAGAGUGAUGAAGAGAAAAAAUCUGUCAAAAGCAAAGGGAAAUCCAAGAAGGCAAAGUACAAGUUACCCAGGCGUCCAAAAAUCCGACCAUCCAUCAAUAGAGAAGUGUCGAAUGAGUUCAGACCUUCAACAUGGAUCACGGACGUCAUUCACAGGAAGUCUCCUUUUGUUCCCCAAAUGGGCGACGAGGUGAUCUACUUCCGGCAGGGACACGAGGCCUAUGUGGAUGCAGUGAACCGAAGUGAGCUUUACCCCAUCAACGUCGACAAACAGCCCUGGAAGAAAAUGGAGCUACGGGACCAAGAGUUUGUGAAGAUCACUGGGAUCAAAUACGAAGUCUGCCCUCCAACACUCUGCUGUCUGAAGCUGACUCUCAUUGACCACGGCACUGGCAAAAUAUCAGACAAGUCGUUUUCUGUCAAGUAUCACGACAUGCCAGAUGUGAUAGAUUUCCUCGUGUUGAGGCAAAGUUAUGAUGAGGCGCUUCGUAGAAACUGGCAACCAAGUGACCGGUUUCGCUCCGUGAUAGACGAUGCCUGGUGGUUUGGUAGAAUCGUCUGUCAGGAGCCCUACCAGGCGGAAUACCCUGACAGUCUCUUCCAGUGCUUCAAAGUCAGAUGGGACAAUGGGGAAACCGAAAAACUGAGUCCAUGGGACGUCGAACCAAUUCCAGAUGAUGCUCAGCGGCCAGAGACGGAAGGAGGCGGUAUCCCUGUGACUCCAGAGGAGACGAGCGAGCUGAUGUACAAGCCUCUGCCUGGGGAGUGGGGGGAGAGGAGCCGAGACGCCGAGUGCGAGCGCAUCGUCGCCGGCAUCGACCAGCUCAUCACCGUUGGAAUUGCAGCUCCCUUCUCUGGUCCUGUGGACUUAGUCCAGUAUCCCACUUACUGCACUGUAAUCGCAUAUCCCACUGACCUGGGCACCAUCAGCCUGCGACUCAGGAACAGAUUUUACAGGCACCUCUCGGCAUUAAUUUGGGAUGCCAGGUAUAUUGCACAUAACGCCCGCACUUUCAAUGAGCCGAGGAGCAAGAUUGCCCACUCUGCAAAGAUCAUCACGAAUGUCCUCCAGAAAUUUGUCAAUAAUCCCAGCUGCACAGAUAUCAUGGAGAUUUACAAUGCUGUUGAGGAAAUGGAUGAUGAGGAUGAGGAAGAGGAUACAGAAGCACCAGGAACAUCCUCCAGACACAGACUGCGUCAGCGCACUGCAGAGGUGGUGCCUGACAGAGACGCCUGGAAGGAACAGUGCAAGUAUCUGCUCAACUACAUAUUCGAGUGCGAGGACUCUGAACCGUUCAGGCAGCCUGUGAACCCUCAGAACUAUCCAGACUACCAUGACAUCAUUGAUACACCAAUGGACUUUGACACAGUAAAAAGAACCUUGUUUGAAGACCGCUAUGAAAACCCUGUAGAGCUUUGCAAAGACACCCGGCUAAUAUUUGCAAACGCUAAAGCCUACACACCCAAUAAACGUUCCAAGAUUUACAGUAUGACCUUGAGGAUGUCUGCCUUCUUCGAGGAGAAAAUCCGAACAAUCAUAUCAGAGUACAAAACUGCCAACAAAAGCAGCGACAGGCUCCGCCGCAGUCAGAGAUUCCGCAAGAAAAUGCAGCAGCAGGAUCCGUCUAAUGCCUCAUCAAGUCAAAAGAAAGCUGCUGCAAAAACUCAGGAAAAAGUGGAGUCGACAUCGGUGACCAAAUCUACCUCAGCCAAAGUGUCUGUUCCUGAGAGAGCCAGGAGGAGUCGAAGGAGUCGAAGGGGCAGCUUAGGUCACAGCUCCUCUGACGAUGACUCCGGCCCCAAAGCUGCUUCAUCAACUCCAGAGUCUGACAGUGAGAGCGAGCUGAGUGAGUCAGAGGAGGAGAAAACUCCUGGAUUCUUCAGGCACCGUCAACUCAGACGGAAAGCAAAGCUUACCAGAAGCAACCGUGCCAAGCAGAGGAAAAAAGUUGCAGAGAGCGACAGUGAAGAAGAGGAGGAUAGUGAAGGUGAGAUGUCCUCCCAGGCUUCACGUCGCCGCUACCCCAGCAGGGGCAAGAACAGCCGGAGCACACGGCUGAUCAGAAACAGUGCCGGUGCGGACAGAAAGCGCACGGUGGGCAGAGCCGAGAUGAACGGUCACAGCGGCAGAUCGUCUCGCAGAGAGAGACGUCGCCCCCGGGUCUCCGACAGAGCAACAUCCCAGGGCUCUGACAGGGAAGAUAAGAUCACGGUUCGCAGGUCACUCAAGAGAAAGACGGCGAGCGCGGCUAUGAAUAAGAUGAAACUCAUUGAAGCAUCGGAUGAGGACUUUGAGGAGCAGGAUGAGGAGGAAGAGCCCAGAAGGAGCAGCAGCCGCCUUCGCCACACUGGCAAACUCAUUGAAGCAUCGGAUGAGGAGGAAGAGCCCAGAAGGAGCAGCAGCAGCCGCCUUUGGCACACUGGCAAACUCAUUAAAGCAUCGGAUGAGGACUUCGAGGAGCAGGAUGAUGAGGAGGAAGAGCCCAGAAGGAGCAGCAGCUGCCUUCGCCACACCGGCAAACUCAUUGAAGCAUCGGAUGAGGACUUCGAGGAGCAGGAUGAUGAGGAGCAGGAUGAUGAGGAGCAGGAUGAUGAGGAGGAAGAGCCCAGAAGGAGCAGCAGCCGCCUUCGGCAAACCGGCAAACUCAUUGAAGCAUCGGAUGAGGACUUCGAGGAGCAGGAUGAUGAGGAGCAGGAUGAUGAGGAGGAAGAGCCCAGAAGGAGCAGCAGCCGCCUUCGCCACACUGGCAAACUCAUUAAAGCAUCGGAUGAGGACUUCGAGGAGCAGGAUGAGGAGGAAGAGCCCAAAAGGAGCAGCAGCCGCCUUCGCCACACCGGCAAGCGCACCGCAGUGAUCCAGAGCAGCUCGGAUUCUGAUGACCAGCCAUCAAGACGGGGUUCUCGAACAACAAAGGAAUCGGGAGGCGAGUCCAAGGACGGCGAGGAUGGCAAAAGCAGUGAUGCGUCAUCCUCCUCCCAGAAUCUGCAGAAUGGAGACUCGGGGGCCAAAAAACAGAGGACGUUAAGACGAGCUGCUAAGAAUAAGGGAAAUGAUACUUUGUCCCAUGUGAAUGGACACAGUGUAAAACAUCUCAAGUUUGACCACAACUCCGAGCAGGAGGAAGCUGCAGAGGAGAGUUCUGAAGAAGCUGAAGUUUCUGUGUCUCGGAAACCCUCCAGAAGCAGAGCAGCCACUCAAGCCAGAAAAAAGAGGAUUACAAGUGAGGAGGAGGAGGAGGAGGAGGAGGAGGAGGAGGAGGAGGAGGAGGAGAAGAAAGAAGAGGAAGACGACGACGACACUGAACACAGGACCACGCGACACAAACUUCCCGUCAGCUCCGAUGAAGAGGAGAAAGUCAGCUCUCAGAAACACCCACACCAAAAUGGAAGCAAUGUGGAGGAUGCAAUCCACAAGGACUCUAAGAAAAAGUGUAAAGUUUCACCGUCAAAAAGCCAAGACAAACAAAAAUCUGCCUCAACUAAUAAAGUGGAUGUUGCUGAAUCAGAGGAACUCGGUGAUUCUCCAAAGAAAUCCAGUCCGCGCAAGAAAAGACUGAAAAAAGCUGAAGUACGCAAAGCAGAAAGCCAUCACUGGAGUGAGGAGUCGGAGGCUGAAAUCAAGUCAACGAGGUCAACCAGAAACAAGACGACAUCGAAAAGGCCUCGUGGCGUCACCUCCGCUUCAGAGAGUUCUGAGCAGGCCUGCAAACCCAAGAAGAAGAAGACGAGGAGGAAAUGCUCCGCCGUCCCAUCAGACGAAGGGUCGAAUAAGUCCGACAAUAUAUCAAACAGACGGCGGAAUCUCCGAGCCCUCCCGAAAAAGAAAUACAGCAGUGACAACUCUCUCUCUGAAGAAGAAGACUCUGCUUCUGCAAGCCAGCCUAAAGAGGGAAACGGGAACAAAACAGCCACAGCAUCGAGGGAAGACCGGUACAAAACGAGGGAGUCGAACAGAACCUCACCUAUUGAAGCCAGGAAUCCGCUGUCUUCCACCAGAAAACGCAUUUACACCUCCGAUUCUGAAGAUGAGAAGGUUGGAAAGAAAGAGCCAGUGUCCAAGAACCAUAAAAACAGGAAGUCGGGCACCUCAAAGCGUCCCAAAAAGGAAUCCAAACAAAAGGGUGGUAACCGCAUCAAGGAAGACGCCUCGUUCCGGUCUGAUUCUGGCGAGGGGGCCAAGCAGCAAGGCGUUGAUCCUUUGAGGAGGAGGAAGAAUGCGAAGAAGCCAAAACGUAAACGAAAGGAAAGCUACAGCAGCAGCAAUCACAGUUCAGACUCGGAAAGCCAGCGUUCGUCUUCAGCCUCCGAGAACUCGUUUGCCAGCGGUCCAAAGAGGAGGAGUCGCAAGCGGUCCGGAGUUGGUGAGAGGACGGCGAGCCGCCGGCUCAAGCAACGCCGCCAGUGGUCCACUUCGGAAGAGGACGAGUACAGCAACAAGUUGUGCAGCAAGUCGCAGAAAAAGCGCGUGAACACUCGUAACCGGGGGAAGCGGACAGUAAGUUAUCACGACAGCGAGUAAAGGACGUCGCAGCAGGACCUGGAGGAGGGACGGACAUUAACUGGAGACCUUUAGAGACACUUGAUGGCCACGUGAUGGUAGUAGCACUGGAGUCCUCGAGAGCAAAUGCUGUGAAUCUGUUUCAUUCAGGGAUAUUUAUAUUUUCUAUGAAAAACAUGUUUAUAAAUGUAAUACAAAUUCAAGCAUUUGAAAAGCUGGUUUUCACAAGAAUAAAGAGCAAAACACCACCUCCCACAGUGCUUGUUGUGAUCUGGCCCACAGAGGCAACCAUUCUGGGGAAUCGUGUCCGCUUGGGUGCUCUUGAAUAUACCUCUGUUAAAUGGCUUGCACUAAGAUACACUGUAAUGAGGUAUUUAAUACACUUUUGCAUUAGAAACUCAGGGGUCAAAUACGUUUACUGGAGUCUCAGACAUGCAGUUGGUUUUUUGAACUUAAGGACAAGAGAUAAUUCCAGGUUGGCAGAUGUCCAAGCACACUCACUGGGACAACGAAUUCAUGGUCAGACUUUGAUUACAGAACUCCUUUGUAAAUCCACACACUUAAUGCUUUGACUGUAUUUUAAGUUGAUAUGAGCCAAAUGAACGAAUAUGUAUUCUUUCCCCCCCCCCCCAUACCAUUUCUUUUUUCUUCUUUUAUUGAUUAGUUUUGUGUUGUUUUCUAGUGAAUAGAUGUAAAUAGUUGAUUGAAAAUGACUGUGAAAGGUUUGCUGAUCAGUCGGUAUCAAAACGUUUAUUUAAAUUUGAGCUUUGUCAUUUCUUUUUUGUUUGUACAUUUAACUACAUUGUCUUGCCAGAUGUCACAAAUUGGUACCUUUUUGCCAAGUACAUGGGAACAAAAGUACUUACUGCGGAAAAACUGUGAUUUCUCAUAUUGGGAAGACCUUUUUAUUGUUAUCCUGUGUUAUCUACUUUCAGUAUUAAAUUGAUUUUCAGAGAUGACUUAAAGCAUUUUGCCAGUCACAUGGUUUAGUUUUUUAGGAUGGGGAGGUUUCUAAAUACAGUCGCUUUAUGACAUUUUGCUUAAUGUUUUUCAUACUACACCUUUAAUAAAUCGGGUUCACAGGAAAACUGUUAAUGCAAUGUGGUUGUGGAGUGCAAUGAAUGAGUUAUUCCUCAUAUUAAUAAAGACAUCAUUUCAAGGUG